AUGAGCGCAAGGACGCUGACGAAUGUUGUGAACGAUCAAACGGUUGCGCUGAAUGCGCUGAUAUAUGGCUAUGCGGGUCAUUCACUUGUCACGCCCCAUGCGGCCCUCCAGCAAGUAUGGUGGACCGAGGAGAGGAUCAACGAAAAAGUCACCCAAGAUUUCGUGACAUCGCGGCUGCAGCCUCAAGAAAGAGAGCGAUUGACAAACCCAGUGGGCUUUGGAGAUCUGAGCGACGACACGUACAUCGAAUGGAUACUGGAAAAGGCUCGAAGAUUGUUCUUAGUGCUGGCCGAGAUCGGCGAAGCAGACAGUAUCUUUGCGGUUGUCGACAAAUCCUGGGACGACGAUGAUCUGCCGCUGCAGAUGGAUGAUAUCGAGCAGCUCUCGCUCUCGAAUCGUCGCGACAAUCACGCAGAUGCGCGCUUUUACCAUACACAAUUCACAUUCCUGCUUCGUGAGUUGCAAGAUGGUGUGCACAUCGACUAUGCGCCAAACGAAGAAGUUCCUCUGGAGUACGUUCAAAAUCUUCCAGCUGCGGUUAGCCUCCAGAACUGGUCGCGUGUCCAUCUGCCCAAACGGCCAACAGAGGUUUUUGUCCGGAGGCGGUUCCCGUUAGGCAAUGCCGAGGCUCCGGAUGCCUUCGAGGCCAAUUUUAUGAUGGAUGUUGAAAGUGCACGAAUGGUAGAACACGACCACAUAGCCCCGAUAUGGGCAUCAUAUACCGCAAAAGGGGCAGGUUUCAUUGUAACCAGUUUCGUUGGACAGCACACGCUCCGCACAUUCAUCGAUCAUCGCACCCCCACACAGUACCAAAAGCUACAGAAGCCUGACAGAAGAUGGCUCAUUUUGAACUGGCUACAUUGUCUAGCUGAUGCCGUCGCCACUAUUCACCAGAAUGGAUUUUACCACUCUGCAAUACGGCCUUCGAACAUAUUGAUUGAUGAGCGGAACUCAAUCGCGCUCAGUGAUAUUGGUAGCCUCGAGACUUUUCAGAAAGACAAGCGACCCGAUCCGAUGGAUGCCUACGUGUACAGCGCGCCGGAGACCCAUAUGCAUACACAAGGCUUCGAUCCAAAUGCAGCAGCGCCGGCCCCUGUAGUUCCCAGUACGAAACAUGCCUCAAUCGUCAGCAAGAGUUCGUCGGGAUCUUCGAAUAGCAGUUCAUCGCAACGCCAAAAGCUGACUAAACCCCCUACUGCCGACUUUUCUGGCUUCAACUUUGGAUUCAAGCGGACCCAACCAACGCCAAAGCCACGAUCGCGAGUGCACGAGACUGAGAAAGCGGACGUUUUUUCCUUAGGCUGUGUCUACCUUGAGAUCAUCACCUUCAUGCUGAAAAAGAAACCCCACGAUUUCAUCAAGCAUAGGUCAUCCAAGCAGAAGAUCAACACUGGCGGAAAGAACUCUCGCACCGACUCGUCCUUCCAUGCGAAUCUGGAUAAGAUUGACACAUGGAUAGAUAUUCUCGAGAAGGCGUCUUUCGAGCACGAUGAUGAUGCCUUCCGCGCCAUACCUCCCAUUCUAGAUCUGGUCCGCAGUAUGCUCAGCAAAGCCCCAAACCUGCGGCCUGCAGCCCGUGAUGUCCGCGACAAGUUGCUCGACAUCAUACUCAAUGAGACAGCAAUACCAGACAUUCACUGCGGCGCACAUAAAUAUGAUAUAGGUAUUGCGACAUCCUCAGAUGGUAUCUCCUCGAGCGCCGCAUCGCUGCGAACGAUGUCAACGAUGAGUUCCGACAGCUCGGACGCGGACACGAUUCGCAUGUCUACCGCUUCGGACGCCACAGGGAUGACUUCGAUCAUCGGCUCGUACUCAGAUCGCGCGCCGCUCACGGAGAUAUCGGAGGAUGACGGCGAUUCAAUAAGAACGAUGAAAGACCAAGAGAUUCUCCGCAUCUCAGAUGGAGCCACCACUGAGCCCCACAAGACCAACUUCGUCUUCUAA